AUGGCAGCCAUAGAUAUGUUCAACAGCAGCACAGAUCUCUCAGAUCCUUUCAAAGAAGAGCUCAUGAAAGUUCUUAAACCUUUCACCAACUCUGUUCCUUCUCUUCCUCCGAUUCCAAACACGAUCUUCGGUUUCAAUCAAACCACACCUCUCGGUCUAAACCAACUCACACCUUACCAAAUCCAUCAGAUCCAAAACCAGCUUAACCAGAGACGCAACGCCAACAUCUCAAAUCUCUCUCCAAAGCCGGUCCCGAUGAAGAGCAUGACCACUCAGAAACUCUACAGAGGAGUUAGACAAAGGCACUGGGGAAAAUGGGUCGCUGAGAUCCGUUUACCCAAGAACCGUACCCGACUCUGGCUCGGAACUUUCGACACAGCUGAAGAAGCAGCCAUGGCUUACGAUCAAGCUGCUUACAAGCUUCGAGGCGAAUUAGCGAGGCUUAAUUUCCCACACAUCAGACACGAGUAUGGAUCAUACGGUGGUUGUGAUAGCAGCUUCAGGCCUCUUCAUCCCUCUGUUGACGCAAAGCUCGAAGCGAUUUGUCAGACUCUGAGAAAAACAGAGGAUGUUGAUCUCCCCUGUUCUGAAACAGAGCUCUUCCCGCCAAAAACAGACUAUCAAGAGAGUGAAUUUGGGUUUUUGAGAACUGAUGAGAGUUCGUUUUCCGAUGAGUCUCAGGUUGGAUCUUCGUCGCCGGAAUCUGGUAUUACUACUACUACUACGUUCUUCGACUUUUCGGAUUCUGGGUUUGAUGAGAUUGGGAGUUUCGGUCUGGAGAAGUUUCCUUCUGUGGAGAUUGAUUGGGAUGCGAUUAGCAAAUUGUCUGAAUCUUAA